AUGUUAAGUAAAUUUGCUCUUCUCUUCAUUUUUCUUCCUCUCCACUCUCUGUUCUUCAAUCUCCCGACGAUCGGAGCAGCACAGCCGGAGAAGCUCUUCCGAGAAUACAUCGGAGCUGAGGACACCAAAGUGAGAUUCACAGAUGUGCCGAUCAACCCCAGCAUCGACUUCCACUUCCUCCUCUCCUUCGCCAUCGACUACACGGAUGGAGCCCACCCGACUCCCACGAACGGUGAUUUCCGAGUCUACUGGGACACGAAGAACCUCAGCCCGUCUCAGGUGUCUGCGAUCAAAGCUAAGCAUGCAAAUGUUCGAGUAGGCAUGAGCCUUGGAGGUGACACCAUUGGCCACAACAAACCAGUCUACUUUCAUCCUAACUCAGUCAAGAGCUGGGUUGCAAAUGCAAUUCAUUCCAUAACUGAGAUAGUCACAACUUACAGUUUAGAUGGAAUCGAUAUAGAUUACGAACACUUCGGUUCAGAUCCUGAUACAUUUGCCGAGUGUAUCGGGCAACUUAUCUUCUACCUGAAACAGAACAAGAUCGUCUCCUUCACCUCCAUAGCACCGUAUGAAGAUGAUUCUGUCCAGCCGUACUAUCUAGCUCUGUGGAAAAAGUACGGCCAUCUCAUCGACUACGUGAAUUUCCAGUUCUACGCCUAUCCAAGGAGCACCACUGUUUCUCAGUUUCUAAAGUAUUUCGACGAACAAAGCUCUAACUACAAAGGAGGCAAAGUUCUGGUGAGUUUUGGGACUGACGGGAGUGGCGGGCUAUCCCCUCAAAAUGGGUUCUUCGAUGCCUGCAGCGAACUGAGCAAGCAGGGGAAGCUUCAUGGGAUCUUCAUUUGGUCUGCAGAUGACUCCAAGAAGGCUAAUUUCAAGUAUGAGAGACAGUCACAAGACUUCUUAGCCUCUCAAAAGUGA